UGCCCAUGGGAUAUGAUGGUCGGAGACGUGCUUGCACCUGUCACCGGUAUGGUUCAUUUUGUUAACAGUUCGGAAAGACAUGAUGGUAUUAGCAACUCUGUGAGAAGGCCCAGCCUGGUUAUGGUUUCACUUGUCUCAGCAUGGCACACAUUCAUUUUCCUUCAUGCCAUAAUAUGCUGUUGCUGGGGAGUUCAAGCUGAGGUGGAACCACCACCCAGCAACUGGGACUACCUUAUUUUCACCCAGGAGUGGCCGCAGUCAGCCUGCAUUGCCUACAAGGGGGAGAACAGCCAGCGUGCCUGUGAGAUCUUCAGCAAUGUCACCUCAUGGACAGUGCAUGGGGUGUGGCCCACCAAGGCCGGGACAAAGGGUCCGCACAACUGCCAGAAGCUACCGUUUGACCUGGAGAAGCUGCGGCAGAUCGAGCCCAGCCUGCUGAUGAGGUGGCCCAACAUCUACGCCGGAAAGUCGGUCUACUCGCUGUGGAAGCACGAGUGGCUGAAGCACGGCACGUGCGCUGCCGAGCUGCCCUCUAUCGGUGACGAGCACGACUACUUCGCGCUGGGUCUGCACUGGUCGGCCACCUACCAGCCCCUGUCCGUGCUCGAGACUGCUGGAGUCCGGCCCGGAGCGGACAGGUUCCAGUGGGCGCAGAUCCGCGACGCCCUGACGGCUCACUUCAGCACGAAGAUGAUUGUCGACUGUGAAUUGGACCGGGAGACCAAGCUGUGGUACCUGACCCAGAUCAAACUCUGUCUGGACAAAUCGUUUGUGCCCACCGACUGCCACAACAAGAGUGAGCCGAUCAGCACUGCUUGUCCGGCGGAGGGUAUUCUUUACCCUCCCAUUAUCCCCACUCCGGUCCCUGUACUGAAGCCUGAACGGACAGAGAAGCAGGAGUCUGGUACAGAACAGGAGCAGGGGACAGUGCCUGGAAAGACUCCGGCCAAGGAGGAACUGGUGGAGAUAUUCACGAUCGAGCUGUCCAAGAACGAGGUGGUUGCUCCGACCAGCCGCUGGUACAGCUGGUAUCGUAUGUCGGGCCGGCCUUACUGACACUCCAGCUUCUGGGGCUGUUGCAGCCUACUAGCGUAUAGCUUUAGUGGAGGUAUGUGGCGUCUGGGGUUUGGCGCCAUCUAUGAAAGCUUCUCGCUACGUAACUGGCGCUAGAUGGCAAGUUACCUUAUUUGAUGAACUCGGAGGCUG